AUCUCCCUUCUCUCUCCUCACAUUCUCUUGCAGUUUUUCCUCGAUUAUCUCUCACCUCACCUCCGAGUUUUGUUGCCCGCCGCCCCGCGCUGCUCUGCAGUGUUGUGUCUUCGCGCUUGCCUUAGUUUCCCUCGAAGCGGGAGGUGGUUUCUGGGCUGAGGCUGAUGGGGGCGGCUCCUCCCUCACAGCGGGGCCUAAGUCGGCCGUGUGCUGUCAUCGGGAGAUUUAUGGAGUAUUACUGUGGGGAGCUCGGUGCCCUUCGUGAUCCAGACCUCAUUUCAAACUUGGGGAAGGUGUUUUCCUCAGGCACAGGAAUCUCUGCAGAAUGGCAACUGCUCAGAAGCAAAGGAAUUCUGUGAGUGCAGUCGUAUUUCCCAAGAAAAUAGCCACGGAGCAGCAAUCCCUGAUGCUGGUGAAGAGGCUCCUGGCAGUGGCAGUGUCCUGCAUCACAUACCUGAGGGGAAUCUUCCCUGAAAGUGCCUAUGGAACCAGAUACAUGGAUGAUGUUUGUGUCAAAAUUCUGCGGGAAGACAAAAACUCUCCUGGCUCUACCCAGCUGGUGAAAUGGAUGUUAGGAUGCUAUGAUGCCUUGCAGAAGAAAUACCUGAGACAGAUUGUCCUAGCAGUUUAUACCCAGACAGAAGAUCCUCAGACAGUCACAGAGUGUUACCACUUCAAGUUCAAGUACACCCACAAUGGGCCACUCCUGGAUUUUGGCAGCAAGGACAAGAAGUCCGAGUGCCCCAUCAGCUGUGCAGACACCAAGAAGGCCAGCAUCCUCCUGAUCCGCAAGAUCUACGUCCUGAUGCAGAGCCUGAGCCCCCUGCCCAACGACGUCUGCCUCACCAUGAAACUCCUCUACUAUGAUGAGGUUACACCCCCUGAUUACCAACCUCCAGGGUUCAAGGAGGCCAAGGACGAGGGGCUGCUCUUUAAGGAGGAGCCCAUGUACCUGAACGUGGGGGAAGUGCCAACACCUUUUCACCUGCUGAAACUGAAAAUUACAACUGAGAAACAGCGCAUGGAGAAUGUUGACAAGAGCAUCCUAAAGCAGGGAGAGACUGCUGAGCCUCUCCAGGUGUGUGGGGUGAGCAGAGAUGACCCAGAGGAGGAGAGCCAGGACAUGAAUGAGGAUCCUGUCUUGGAUAAUGAAGUGGAAGAUAAGAAUCAUGUGAAUAUUUCAGAAGCUCAAGAAAAGAAUUCAACUCAUGAAGAGGAAGCUGGAGGGAUCCCGACUACCCCCCAUGUUUCUAAUCCUCAGGUUGAUCACUUGACCCGUAAAACAUCUGAGCUGAUUGUGUCAGAGAGCAGGACAAGAAGUGGAAAGAUAUUCCAAAGCUGCAUUGUUAGUAUCAAUUUUUCUUUAUUUCUCAUCAUUUCUGUUGCAAACAGUGAAUAAAACUCAGAGCUU